AGAUCGUCAUAGCACAGCCAGAUGUUUGCGAAAGUCUCCAAAUGCGGUCACAGAUUCCACUGAAUGUCGUCCAUCCUAGUCAGAAUUCGCGGAUCGUUAAGUUAAUUGUCUCAUUCAGUUCGAAGGUUUGAAUCUGGUCGUAGUCGCCACUGAUAGUGAAAACGGUUGCAUGGAGCGAUUCUUCCAAAUUGUGUCCACAAUGCAGUUUGUGCAUAGUGCGCCGAUAGUGACCAUUGUUUGCCUGCUUGCAGUCAACGCGGUGACUGUGUGCCUCGGAGCAAUUAAUACGUCGUUACCCUUUGUGUUCUACACCGAAGAACUCCCAGAUGAUCCUCGUCUAAUGCCGACUAUAGGCAAUGGCCACAUUGGUCUCACAUUACUCAGCGAUUCCGUCUACAUGAACGGCGUCUACAGUGGAAAGGCUGGAUUAAGUCAUCGCGCACGUAUACCGAACUUCUCAAAUAUCAGCGUCAUGCCAGCAGCAGGAAACUACACCAUCUCGUACAGUCUUAAUGUAGAAACGGCCAUCUUCCAGAUCAAUAUCGAAAACAAUGAUAUGAAAAUAAUUCACAUAAUUUACGCCCAUCGAUACUACAACCGCGCGAUCGUCAAUCAAAUCUACAUCUAUCGCACGCAUAAUGAAGGCAGUCUAAAACUCAACGUCCAGCACAAACCUGGCAAACCAACCACCGACAUUGACUUCAGCGAUCCUCCACUAACCAUCGAAACUUCAGAGAGUGAAUACGAACAGAAUCUUGAUGUUAUUCGAAACAAUCAAACAACAAUUCACCUGAUCCAGGGAUACACCGCACAGGUGGAAGAUGAAGAAUACCAGAAAGCAAGGAAGCAUGUCUGCUGCCUAUGGAAUCAUGUUCCAGAACAGAUCACACUGACGCCCGAUCAGCGAUUUGCUUCCUACCGAUUCGUAAUGACUGUGGAUGAACUUUGCAGUGUGGCGAAGCAGGAAAUCACCGACGUUUUAGGUAGACCAAAUAAGAAACUACUCAAGCUACAUCGAAGUGAAUGGGUUGAAUUCUGGAAUUCCUUCCGCAUUCGCAUUGAGGACAAUCUGGAGCUAGAGAAAGCAAUUUAUGGAAGUCUCUUCUACAUAGCCAGCUCAUUACCAUCAUUUAAAACAAACCAUCCAACUGUCGAUUAUUACGGACUCAGCCCCACAGGACUGGGUCGUGGUGGAGUUGAUCUUCUCGACUAUGAAGGACAUUCAUUCUGGGAUACAGAAAUCUGGAUGUUUCCAGUAGUCAUGCAGAUGGAUCCCCGCUGGGCUAGACAACUACUCAACUACCGCUAUCGUAUGUUGGACGCUGCUCGGGACCAUGCAAAUAAAACGGGAUAUUUGGGAGCGAGAUUCCCGUGGGAAAGUGCGUAUACUGGAACUGAAGUUACGCAACCCUGUUGCCCGGUGAUUGCUCAGCAGCAAAUCCACAUAACGGCCGAUAUCAGCUUUGCAGCGAAGAACUACUUUGCCCUAACUAAUGACCUAGAGUGGCUCAACAACGAGGGUUGUCCACUAGUAGAAAACAUUGCCGAAUUUUUAGCUGAUCGGGUUACAUAUAAUGUAACAACUGGACAAUAUGAUAUUAAAUAUGUAAUGGGGCCCGACGAAGAUCAUGUCAACGUUACCAAUAAUGUGUUCACUAACGUAGUCACCAAGAAUGCGCUGUACUUUGCAGAUCUUGCUUUACCCGCGUGUAAUGUUAAGCGAUAUAAGAAGCAUCCAUCUUGGACUACGAUUGCUGAUAAAAUUAAAGUUCCCUAUGACGAGAAGAAUGACUACCACCCACAAUAUGACGGAUUUACCAGAGACAUCGUAAUUAAGCAAGCGGACGCCGUUCUCCUCGCGUAUCCUCUUAUGUAUCCUAUGAGCCAGACAACCAGACGAAACGACUUAAAAUUUUAUGAGAACUGCACUCGAAACACUGGGCCCGCAAUGACAUGGGCCAUCCACUCCAUCAAUCACCUCGACAAUGGUGAUUAUCUUAAGGCGGAUAUUAAUUUCCGGCGGGGCUACAGAGACUACAUUCGCCAACCAUUCCAAGUGUGGAGUGAGGUAAUACGAGGGGAAUUUGGGGCCACUAAUUUCAUAACUGGAGCCGGGGGAUUCUUGCAAUCAAUAAUCAAUGGAUACGCUGGAGUGAGAAUACAUUUUGGAUGUAUGGAAAUUCGAAAACCUAGGAUACCACCAAACUGUAAUAAGUUUUCAUUAAUGGGAAUAAAAUAUCUGGGAUCCACCUUUAAAAUUUCUAUAGACGACACUGGAAUAUUUUUCCAGUGUUUAUCACUGAAUGUGCAGCAAAGUUUGAAGUUGUAUGAUGGAAUCGACACUUACGACAUUGGACCGAAUUUGAUAUUUAACAUUACCAUGGAUCGGAUACUUAUCAAACCCACUCGAAAUAUAUUUGGCUCUAAAUUAAGAUUGAAAGACUUAUGGAAAAUAAAUCGGAAUUAAAUAAAAACAACAAAGUAUUGAA